UCGUUCGCGGAGCCGAGCCAGAACCGGGGCCAGGAAUCACCUUCAGACCCAUCUGGUAAAGCAUUGACAGAAAUUAAGAAGGAAAACAUCUCCAUUGUUCUUGGUAUGGAUGAACAGUCAGUUGGAGGAGUAGGACUGACUGAACAGUCUCCUGCUUUAUUAGGAAAUGCAACCAUGGCAGCUAGUCUUAUGGACAUAAAUUCAUUUGGUGAUCCACCUAGUCCUUUAGUCAAUAGAACUAGAAACACUUCGGUGGAAGAAGAUGAUGAUGUUGUAUUUAUUGAAUCUAUACACCCUCCUUCAGUUUCUGCUUCAGCAAUAGCUAAUCAAAGAACCUUUGUAUUCACGCCAUCAAAACAUGAAAAGCAACAAGGAAAUUACUCCAUAAUUCCACCUUACUCAAGAGAUGUGCCUUCUCAGAAGGGAAAUACAUGUGACACAAUUGUUAUUGAUGAUGAAGAGGACAUAGAAACAAAUGGAAUGGAGGAGAAAAAUUCUUCCAGUUUUCCUGAGUGGGCACUUCCUGGAACUAAAAAUAGUACCAAAGAUUUGGAUUUCUCCACUUCCAGUCUUUCAAGAAGUAAGACCAAGACUGGAGUAGAACCUUUUAAUCCUGAUAAAAUGAAUGUGGCAGGAGAUGUAUUUCAGAAUACAAGAUUUGCAAUUCAUCAUAAUCCUGAUUCUUGGAUCUCCCAGUCAGCAUCAUUUCCCCGUAAUAAGAAACAACCAGGGGUGGAAUCUUUACCACCAGUGGCCUCGCUUCCUAAACAGAUUUUCCAGCCUUCUGCCCAACAGCAACUUACUAAACCAGCUAAAAUCACUUGUGCAAACUGCAAAAAUCCUUUACAGAAAGGACAGACAGCUUAUCAACGAAAAGGAUCAGCUCACCUCUUUUGUUCAACUACCUGCCUUUCUUCUUUUUCUCAUAAACGUGCUCGAAAGACACGAAAUGCAGCGUGUAAAAAAGAUGCACCCAGAAAGCAGACUUCUUCUAGUCCUGCAGUGGAAUCAAGCAAAUCCUUUCAAGAAUUUUAUAGUACAUCUUCUUUGCCUCCCUACGAAGACAACCAGAAUCUUAAAAAAGGAGUUUUAAAUAAGUCAAGAUGUACAAUCUGUAGUAAAUUAGGAGAGAUUCGCCAUGAAGUCAGUGUUAAUAAUAUAACACAUAAACUGUGCAGUAAUCAUUGCUUUAAUGAGUACAGAGAGGCCAAUGGUCUAAUAAUGAACUGCUGUGAACAGUGUGGAGAGUACAUGCCCAAUAAGAAUACUGGGAACAGCAUCUUCAUUGGAGGUCAGCAGAAAAGAUUUUGCUGCCAGAGUUGUGUUAACGAAUAUAAACAGAUGAUAGAAACAAAACCAACAGCUUCAGAAAACAGAAAAAGGAAUGCUAUUAGACAAGAAACUGAAAGAAAAUUAUAUGCACCAUCCAAUAUACUUUUAGAAAAAAUAGAUAAAAUACCAGAAAAAAAGGAAAAGACUCCAGAGCUACAGGUUUCUGCAGAAUGCAGCUCAGAUAUAUUAGUGAACAAACAGAAUGUGAGUUUACCUUCUUUUAUGUCAGCUGUAGCUGACAAAUUUCAAGAGCAACUGGAAGACAAAACAUCAGAGGACUCCAUAAUACCAGUCAUUCUUUCUGCAGAUCCAGGUACAUGGCCCCGAAUUUUAAACAUUAAGCAACGGGAUACUCUUGUUGAAAAUGAUCCACCUCAAGUAAGAAAUUUUAACUUUCCAAAAGACAAUACAGGGAGGAAGUUUUCAGAAACUUACUAUACACGAAUUCUCCCGAGUGGUGAAAAAACCACUAGAUCCUGGUUACUUUACUCAACCUCAAAAGAUUCUGUGUUUUGCCUGUAUUGCAAACUCUUUGGAGAAGGAAAAAACCAACUGAAAAAUGAGAAUGGAUGUAAAGAUUGGCAGCAUUUAUCACAUAUCCUUAGUAAACAUGAAGAAAGUGAGAUGCACAUUAGCAAUGGUGUUAAAUAUUCAAAAUUAAAAUCUGAUCUGAAAAAUAAUAAAACUGGAAUCGCAGAACACAGAUUGUAUGACAAUGAGAAAAAUGAUGGUGUGCUGCUGUUAUACACAUAAUGUGGUUUUUAACACGUCAGUGUCUUAUAUUACCCAGAAAAUGUCUGUACAAGUUAGUGCCAUUAUGUUGUGAGGCUGCUACACAGAGUGACUUAGAAUUCAGCAGUAAGACCAAUAGCAAAUAAACAGUAAAGAAUGUUCCUCUUCCAAAACGAAAACUCAUUGAAUUCAACAGUUAUUACAGGUUUUAGUAAAGAUAGCUUUUUUAUUUUCUCAACCUGUCAGUUCUCACCUUUUUAAAAUUGACAUUUGAGGACUGCCAUUUAAUAGAUUUGAUAAUACUCUGUUCUGAUUUCCAUGAAAGACAAAGGAAAGGCUUGAAUUUAUCAAUAGCGGUUGAAAUAAGAUGCUUCUGUGACUAAGCAUUCUCAACAUUAUUGUUAAAAUAAAAACACUGAAACAGUUUAAGAACAGGAAACUACAGCUUUUUGCUAUAAGCCAAAUACUUUAUUUCUUUUAAGCAAA